AAAAGUAACAAAAUCAAAAGAAUAAAUUAUUAAAUUCAUUCAAAAUGUCUAACCUUCCAAAUACUGAAUAUACCACAGGCGCUACUCAAGAAACUGCCGGAAAUGUUGUUGGUUCAGAAAACUUAAAAGCUAAAGGUCAAGCCCGUAAAGCAGAAGGAAAUAGAGAAUCUGAUAUUGGAACAAAUGAUACAAAUAAAGGACCAUCCAAAACGACUGGUCAACUUCACGCCACUAAAGGCGCAGUAAAAGAAACGAUAGGAUCAGCUUUGAAGAAUACUUCACUUGAACAUUCCGGUGCUCAAGAACGUCAAACUGGAAAUCGAGAAAUUGAUGCUGCUAAGACUAAAGAUGCUACUAAAGGAGCUCACGAUAACGUAAAAGGAACUGUGAAAGAAAAUGUUGGUUACGCUGCGGGUGAUCCACAAUGGGAAGCUGAAGGAAAAGGAGAUCGUGUCAAAGGACAAGCUCAAUAUAACGCCAAUCAAUAAACAAAUAUAUUUUUUGGUAGUUCGGUUUUU